CUCGCCUCUCCUCGUCGCCGCGCCGUCCGUCUCAUCAAGCGGCAGCACUCUGCGCCUCUCCUCUGCGACCGCUCGUUGCCCGUAGAAUACACAGCUCCCGAGACUAGCUUCGCCCGGCAUGUCGGCGCUCUGCAGGAUGCGCCUCGCAGAGGAGCGCAAGCAGUGGAAGAAGAACGGCAUCUUCGGCUUCUAUGCACGCCCGGAGAAGGCCGCAGAUGGCUCGCUCAACCUGCUGGUGUGGGACGUGGGCAUUCCGGGAAAGGCGGGCACGCCGUGGGCGGGAGGCAUGUACAAGCUGAAGAUGACGUUCCCGGAGGAGUACCCGGCGAAGCCGCCGAAGUGCAAGUUCACGCCGCCGCUCUUCCACCCCAACGUCUUCCCGAGCGGCACUGUCUGCCUCUCGAUUCUCGAUGAGGAGAAGGGCUGGAAGCCGAGUUUGAACCUCAAGACGAUCCUGCAGGGCAUCCAGACGCUUCUGACGGAGCCGAACGCCGCGGACCCGGCACAGUCGGACGCCUUCGGUCUCUUCCAGAAGGACAAGGUCCAGUACGAGCGGAAAAUCAGACAGCAGGCCAUCGACAUGCGCGACUCCUAAGCGGCGUCGCGCUGAGGCAACGUCAUCUGCGUAAGCG